AACAUCAACGACUCCAUGUCGGCUAGACGACCGAUGACGAGAGAAAAAACGACCCUACCCCAAAUCGGCAGGGAUGAGGUGCUGUUUACACCCACCCUGGUGUCCGAGCUGACUGAAAUUUUCCCACUUAUUGGGUUAAACAGAAUUGAUAUCAGAUUUAGUCAGAAAAAGAUUGAAAGGACUGGACAUCAAUUUACCAUUAUUAAGAAACGGGUGGAACCAAUCACGGACGACAGGGCAAUGGACAGCAGCAGUGAUGGAUUCGAUCUUCCAGAAGAUGCCAUAGACAAAGUUGCCAAAGCCAAUUCCGUGAGGACGGAAUCUGCUCAAAUUCUUCCAGAGGUACGAGCCUCACCCUGUGCUAUUCAUUUCAAAAAGGACAAAAGAAAUGAUUUACUUUUUCACAGUAAUUAUCACGCUGGACAACAUUCGCCAAGUACUGUGAGGAAAUCUAAACUGAUAAAAGACGGAAAGAAACAGAGGGGCCCUGAGAAUCCCGAGCGCAGGCAACCCCCACCUUUGUUGAAUACCUUACCGAGGGGCAUGCCCUCCAAAGAGUUUGUCAUGACCUGGUUAAUGCAUGGGUCAGAACCUAGUGGGAAAAGCCAUUUCCCAGACAUUGUUAUUCCAGACGGAAGACCUAAGAGAUCAAAAGGAAGAGAAUCCCUGCGGAAAUCUACUAUUAGUGAAUAAUCAGACUCUUUCGAGUGAUUUUAAGAAUCAUACAAAUCAUUUAAAAACAAAGAUUCAGUUUCUAGUCAAUAUUAGUUGGAAUAUGAUGUGCUCUGAUUCAAUGAAGAAUCUAUUUACUGCAUUUGUUUCACAGCAAGUAUUGUGACCGUAAAAGGAUGUUUUGUGAUAUUGUGCUACAGCUGUAUGUAACUACUACACUGUAAUACAUGUAGUAUGCGUGUUUAUCAUUGAACAGGUGCGUGGAUCAUAAAUCUUAUUUCAGUGUCAUGGCAUUAUUUACUUACAUACAUAAAAUGUAUUUAUUUUAACAAGUCUGACAUGAAUGAUACUGUGAGUUUGUUAUAGUAUUAUUAUUAAA